UCUCAGCCAGCUGGCAGUGGCUCCGGUAUGGCUUCGGUGCUCAGCCUCAUGCAGCAGGGCUACCCGUCACGCGCCCAGUUCUCUGAGCUCUAUAGCAUGUACAGACAGUACCUUCCCAAGAAGCUCGCCAACCUGCCCCCACGCAUGUUCUGCAGGGCUCUCUUCAAGGCGCGCGGACUUGACGAGGAGGACUUCCGAUUCGGACUCACGAAGGUGUUCUUCCGACCUGGAAAGUUUGCGGAAUUCGACCAGGUGAUGCGCUCCGAUCCGGAGCACCUUGCCGUGCUCGUGAAGCGUGUGGAGCGUUGGCUCGUGCGCUCGCACUGGAAGAAAGCUCAGUACUGCGCGUGGGCCGUCCUUAAACUGAAGAAUAAGAUCAGCUGGCGGCGUCAGCAGCUGAUUGUCAUACAGAAACACGUGAAAGGUUACCUCGCACGCAAGAAGCACCAGCCCAGGAUCCGCGGCGUCAUGAAGGUGUGAACGAUCAAGGCGCAGCUGGGCGGCUGC